GUAGCUACCUAAACGUAUUAUACAAAAAAGUACAUGUUAAUGAUUUUAAAUGUUGAUUAUUAUUUUAAUAUUAUGGUAGGAUUCCCUAGAGUCAUAGGAGCACUAGACUGCACACAUGUUGCAAUCUCCACAGCUCUAGGAGAACAUGAGGCAGAUUAUGUGAAUAGAAAAUCCUUUCACAGCCUUAAUGUUCAGAUGACUUGUGAUCAUGAAUGUAUGAUCACAAGCUUGGAUGCCAAAUGGCCUGGCUCAGUGCAUGACUCAAGAAUUUUCCGUGAGUCUGUGUUGUGUCAGCGCUUUGAGGAAGGGCUUUUUGAUGGCCUGUUGGUAGGAGACAGGGGUUAUGCAUGCCAGAGGUUUUUGCUAACCCCCUAUCCUGACCCUCAGCCAGGGCCACAAAACCGCUUCAAUGUGGCCCUCAGUAAAACCAGGGUCAAGAUCGAGAUGACCUUUGGCAUCCUAAAGGCACGUUUCAACUGCCUUCGGCGUUUAAGAGUGUCACCAGAGAGAGCAUCACAGAUUGUAGCUGCAUGUGCCAUUCUGCAUAAUAUAGCUACAAUCAGAAAGGAGCGAUUACCACCACAGAACCAACAUCUCCCCGAUGAAAUUGACCCAAUCACACUUGACCACCCAGCUGGCGCAGCUGUCAGAGAUGCAAUUACCAUACAAUAUUUCACUUAAUAAAAGCACAUUGAAACUCACAUUGAAAGACAUAGGUCUUUUGUGUAGGUGUUUUAUUGGUUUUGUGGCUAUGGGAGGGAAAAAGAGCAAGAAAGUUGCAUGAAUAAAUAUUCAUAUAUUGUGUUCAUAAAGUGUAACAUGGUUAAUAAAGUUCACAUACUGAGA